CGAAACCCCACGACCAGAGCCGCUCCUACAAGUUCGUUACACCUUCCUUCUCAGGCACGGGCGCUGCUGGUAUGCGGGCGACGUGGCUUUCGCUCAGAGGCUGCCGCGCCGCGCGCACAGAAGCAAACGCUUACGCACGCGGCUAUUUCCCUCCGCCACCCCUCGGUUUCCGCACGUGUUCCACGCCCCCGCGCUGCCCGUAGAAAUAGACCUUCCCCUCCCGGCCUCCCCUCGCCACCACAGUGCCAGACGCACGCAAGCACACCACACGCCCUCACAACUCGCAUCCAUCGGGCCUCUUCCACUCCACAUCGGGAGCCGCAAGCAGAAGCAGAACCAAUGACGACGACGACCACGGCGAAGCAGCUCCGGCGCGUGCGCACGCUCGGCCGCGGCGCGUCGGGCGCCGUGGUGUGGCUGGCCUCCGACGAGGCCUCGGGCGAGCUGGUGGCGGUCAAGUCGGCGCGCGCCGCCGGGGCCGCGGCGCAGCUGCAGCGCGAGGGCCGCGUCCUCCGGGGCCUCUCGUCGCCGCACAUCGUGCCCUGCCUCGGCUCCCGCGCCGCGGCGGGCGGCGAGUACCAGCUCCUGCUGGAGUUCGCGCCGGGCGGGUCGCUGGCCGACGAGGCCGCCAGGAGCGGCGGGGGCCGCCUCGCGGAGCGCGCCAUCGGCGCCUACGCCGGGGACGUGGCGCGCGGGCUGGCGUACCUCCACGGCCGGUCGCUCGUGCACGGGGACGUCAAGGCCCGGAACGUGGUCAUCGGCGGCGACGGGCGCGCCAGGCUGACCGACUUCGGGUGCGCGAGGCCGGCCGGCGGGUCGACGCGCCCCGUCGGGGGCACCCCGGCGUUCAUGGCGCCCGAGGUGGCGCGCGGCCAGGAGCAGGGCCCCGCCGCCGACGUCUGGGCGCUCGGGUGCAUGGUCGUCGAGCUGGCCACGGGCCGCGCGCCCUGGAGCGACGUGGAGGGCGACGACCUCCUCGCCGCGCUCCACCGGAUCGGGUACACGGACGACGUGCCGGAGGUGCCCGCGUGGCUGUCGCCCGAGGCCAAGGACUUCCUGGCCGGCUGCUUCGAGCGCCGCGCCGCCGCCCGGCCCACGGCCGCGCAGCUCGCGGCGCACCCGUUCGUCGUCGCCUCCGCCUCCGCCGCCGCCGCCAUCCGCGGCCCGGCGAAGCAGGAGGUGGUCCCGUCACCCAAGAGCACGCUGCACGACGCGUUCUGGGACUCGGACGCCGAGGACGAAGCGGACGAGAUGUCGACGGGCGCGGCGGCCGAGAGGAUCGGGGCAUUGGCGUGCGCCGCCUCCGCGCUGCCUGACUGGGACACCGAGGAAGGCUGGAUCGACCUCCAGGACGACCACUCGGCCGGAACUGCCGACGCACCGCCGGCGCCCGUCGCGGACUACUUCAUCAGCUGGGCGGAGCCGUCAGACGCAGAGCUGGAACCAUUCGUCGCCGUCGCCGCCGCCGCAGGUCUCCCGCACGUUGCAGGAGUGGCAUUAGCAGGCGCCACCGCCGUUAACCUGCAGGGCAGUUAUUAUUAUUACCCGCCUAUGCAUCUAGGCGUCCGCGGAAACGAGAUUCCACGCCCGUUGUUGGAUCAUCAUGGCGACGGGUUAGAAAAGGGGCAGGGAUCCCACCGCGUUUGUAACAGAGAAACAGAAAAGGUAACAAUGAAACGAAUUUCGUUAAAAAGAAGAGCUGCUUUCCUUCUCGACCAGCAUCACGUGCGAUCGCUGGACAAACUGGAAUAUCGUCCACGUCACGACCGAAUGCUGCGUCGACGGCAAUCUAUAUAUCGGAGCAAUAGCGUCCUUGGUUACGACGUUAGCAAAGGUAGGCAGGCAACAUUGGAGGAGCUGAUCCACCGCCGAUCAACGACGGGAACCAAUCUCCUCGACACCAGCAGGGAGAUCGACAAGAAGGAGGAGGCGGGUCUUCGCUGCAAGACGCCGCCGCAAUGA